CGUAUCUAGUUACUACAAAUCUUAAGAACUAAUUUUGAUGCUUCACUUAUGUUCAUUUGAUAGUAGAUAAUUGUUAUAAUAAAUAGACACAUAUGUAUUUAUACGGAAUAAUUUAAAGUAUUUAACAUAUUAAAAUAUUCAUCUUUUUCUUUCUUUUGUAAAAAAAUAUUUAAUCUCUUUUUAAAACUUUUUUAAACAUAUUCUGCAUGAUUUAUAACAUGGGAUUUCCUUAAAUACAAGUAGCAUUUAAUAGCAGCGUUUUUAUUGUGCUAAGGUUAUGGUAAGCGGUUUGAGUACAAUUUUAUUUAUUUUUAAUAUGUUGUUACAAGAUCCAAAAACAAACUAAAAUAACAAUAUUUUUCAGGAAUCAUUUAUACAUUAUUGAUGUACAAUAACAUUUAUAAAAUUAUUUAUUGGCAGUUAAUAUAUAAAAUUCUGAGUUCUACAAGGAAUAUUUCUUAUUUGUUCCAUAUUUCAGUGAUAGAUACCUACAAAACAGUAGUAGGAGUCUUUUCAGAGAAAAAAUACUGUUUUUAUUGUUUUACUUUUAGAAACGCAAAAAGAAAAAAUAUUUUGUAGUUGGUUUACAGCAAUUAAAUCGUAAAUCGAUUUGCCAUGUUUAUGUUAUAAGGUUAUAUUGACAUCAGUAUAAAGGAUGGAACAGGAUUGGAAGGCGAAAAUCGAUCAGGCUUGUCGAACAGCCGAAGAAUUUACAAAACUUUAUUAUGAAAGUGUAGAUAAACGCAGAUAUCUUAUAUCAAGGUUAUAUUUGGAUACUGCGACUUUAAUAUGGAAUGGGAAUGGUAUUGAAGGCAAAGAUAAUAUACAGAAAUUUUGGACAGAUUUGCUACCUUCAGAUCAUUCUAUUCUUACUUUAGAUGCUCAACCAAUAAUGGGUCCUGAGAUGGCAGAUCAAUUAACAUUUCUUGUAAAAGUUGGAGGGCAAGUAAAAUAUGACGAUAAAACAUCGAAACCAUUUAACCAAAGCUUCUUAAUUGCAGCUAUGGGAGAUAAGUGGAAAAUUGUAUGCGAUUGUUUCCGAAUACAAGAAGCAAUAGAAAAUGUAAAUUGAAAUAUAAAAUAAGUUAAUUUA